ACAGAUUUUGGAACAAGUACUAGCAGUGGGGGACUUUUUGGUACUACAAAUACAACCUCCAAUCCUUUUGGUAGCACAUCUGGCUCCCUCUUUGGGCCAAGUAGUUUUACAGCUGCUCCUACUGGGACCACUAUUAAGUUUAAUCCUCCAACUGGUACAGAUACUAUGGUUAAAGCUGGAGUUAGCACUAACAUCAGUACCAAGCACCAGUGCAUUACUGCUAUGAAAGAAUAUGAAAGCAAGUCACUAGAGGAACUUCGUUUAGAGGAUUAUCAGGCUAACCGGAAAGGCCCGCAGAACCAAGUGGGAGCAGGUACCACAGCUGGCUUGUUUGGGUCUUCUCCAGCCACCUCCAGUGCGACAGGACUCUUCAGCUCCUCUACCACUAAUUCAGGCUUUGCAUAUGGUCAGAACAAAACAGCCUUUGGAACUAGUACCACUGGAUUUGGAACAAAUCCGGGUGGUCUCUUUGGACAACAGAAUCAGCAGACUACCAGCCUCUUCAGCAAACCAUUCGGCCAGGCCACAACCACCCAGAACACUGGCUUUUCUUUCGGUAAUACCAGCACACUAGGACAGCCAAGCACCAGCACCAUGACCCUGUUUGGCAAUAACAAGCUUACUACAUUUGGAACCAGCACAACCAGUGCUCCUUCAUUUGGUACAACCAGUGGCGGGCUCUUUGGUUUUGGCACAAACACCAGUGGGAGUAGUAUUUUUGGAAGUAAACCAGGACCUGGGACUCUGGGAACUGGGCUUGGUGCAGGAUUUGGAACAGCUCUUGGUGCUGGACAGGCAUCUUUGUUUGGGAACAACCAACCUAAGAUCGGAGGGCCUCUUGGUACAGGAGCCUUUGGGGCCCCUGGAUUUAAUACUACGACAGCCACUUUGGGCUUUGGAGCCCCCCAGGCCCCAGUAGCUUUGACAGAUCCCAAUGCUUCUGCUGCCCAGCAAGCUGUUCUCCAACAGCACAUCAAUAGUUUAACGUACUCACCUUUUGGAGACUCUCCUCUCUUCCGGAAUCCCAUGUCAGACCCUAAGAAGAAAGAAGAGAGAUUGAAACCAACAAAUCCAGCAGCCCAGAAGGCUCUCACUACACCUACUCAUUAUAAACUAACACCCCGCCCUGCCACCAGAGUUCGACCAAAGGCUUUACAAACAACAGGCACAGCCAAGUCACAUCUCUUCGAUGGGCUGGAUGAUGAUGAGCCAUCAUUAGCCAAUGGAGCAUUCAUGCCCAAGAAGAGCAUUAAGAAGUUGGUUUUGAAAAACCUUAACAAUAGCAAUCUCUUCUCUCCUGUUAAUCGUGAUUCAGAAGAUCUAGCUUCACCAUCUGAUUAUCCAGAAAAUGGGGAGAGAUUCAGUUUCCUGAGCAAACCUGUUGAUGAGAACCAUCAGCAGGAUGGAGAUGAUGAUUCUCUUGUGUCACGUUUUUAUACUAACCCUAUUGCCAAACCCAUUCCUCAAACCCCGGAGAGUGCUGGAAAUAAACACAACAGCAGCAGCAGUGUGGAUGAUACCAUUGUUGCAUUAAACAUGCGUGCUGCUUUGCGAAAUGGGCUGGAAGGAAGCAGUGAAGAGACCUCUUUUCAUGAGGAGUCACUGCAGGAUGACCGAGAAGAAAUAGAAAAUAAUACUUACCAUAUGCAUCCAGCAGGUAUUGUUCUCACUAAGGUUGGUUACUAUACUAUUCCAUCUAUGGAUGACCUUGCUAAAAUUACCAAUGAAAAAGGAGAGUGCAUUGUCUCUGACUUCACUAUUGGUCGUAAAGGUUAUGGUUCAAUCUAUUUUGAAGGAGAUGUGAAUUUGACAAAUCUAAAUUUGGAUGAUAUUGUGCAUAUUCGAAGGAAAGAAGUGAUUGUCUACUUAGAUGAUAACCAGAAACCACCUGUGGGUGAAGGUCUAAAUAGGAAGGCUGAAGUUACACUGGAUGGAGUUUGGCCAACAGAUAAAACAUCUCGUUGUUUAAUUAAGAGCCCAGAUCGACUUGCUGAUAUCAACUAUGAGGGCAGAUUGGAAGCAGUUUCAAGGAAACAGGGAGCUCAAUUCAAAGAGUACCGUCCUGAAACGGGUUCUUGGGUGUUUAAGGUCUCCCAUUUUUCUAAGUAUGGCCUUCAGGAUUCUGAUGAAGAGGAGGAGGAACGGCCAUCUAAAACUAGUACAAAGAAGUUGAAGACUGCCCCUUUGCCUCCUGCAGGCCAGGCCACCCCAUUCCAGAUGGCUCUUAAUGGCAAGCCAGCACCUCCACCCCAGAGCCAGAGUCCAGAGGUGGAGCAGUUAGGGAGGGUUGUGGAACUGGACAGUGACAUGGUAGAUAUCACCCAGGAGCCAGUUUUGGAUUCCAUGUUAGAAGAGAGCGUGCCUGAGGAUCAGGAACCUGUGUCUGCCUCAACACACAUUGCAUCUUCACUGGGAAUUAAUCCACAUGUCUUACAGAUCAUGAAAGCAUCAUUGCUUGCUGAUGAAGAAGAUGUAGAUAUGGUUCUGGAUCAACGCUUCAGUCACCUUCCUUCUAAAGCAGAUACUUCUCAAGAAAUCUGUUCUCCCAGACUCCCCAUUUCAGCAUCCCACUCAUCAAAAUCCCGUUCUUUAGUUGGUGGGUUACUACAAUCAAAGUUUACUAGUGGAACUUUUCUUUCACCAAGUGCCUCUGUACAAGAAUGUCGUACUCCCAGAGCAGCAUCUUUGAUGACUAUCCCAUCCACAUCUCCUUGGUCUGUCCCUCCACCCCUGACCUCUGUGUUUACAGUGCCCAGCCCAGCCCCUGAAGUUCAGUUGAAAACUGUGGGUACACGCAGACAACCAGGCCUAGUCCCUCUUGAAAAGUCUGUCACCUAUGGCAAGGGGAAACUCUUGAUGGACAUGGCCCUAUUUAUGGGACGCUCAUUUCGAGUUGGUUGGGGCCCCAACUGGACUCUUGCUAAUAGUGGAGAACAGCUGAGUGGCUCUCAUGAACUGGAAAAUCAUCAGAUUGCCGAUUCUAUGGAAUAUGGAUUCCUGCCUAAUCCAGUAGCUGUUAAAUCCCUUACUGAGUCUCCAUUCAAAGUUCAUUUGGAAAAACUCAGUUUGAGACAAAAGAAGCCGGAGGAAGACCUGCAGUUAUACCAGAUACCUCUGGAGCUCAAAUUAAAACAUAGCACUGUCCAUGUGGAUGAGCUGUGUCCUCUCAUUGUCCCUAAUCCAGGAGUUGCUGUCAUUCAUGACUAUGCAAAUUGGGUUAAGAAAGCAUCAGGAGACUUUCUGGAAGCACAAAUUGUGAAGCACUGGAGCCUAACAUGGACAUUAUGUGAAGCCUUAUGGGGCCACCUGAAGGAGCCUGACAGCCAGCUGGAUGAGCCUAGUGAAUACAUUCAGAUUCUGGAGCGAAGAAGAACUUUUUCUCGCUGGCUAUCCCAAACUGCUGCACUUCAAAUUGAGGAGGAAGUCUCCUUAACCAGAAAAGACAGGCCCGUGGAGGCUGUCUUCAGCUACCUCACGGGCAAGAGGAUCAGUGAAGCCUGCUCUCUGGCCCAGCAGUCAGGUGAUCAUCGUCUUGCCCUUCUUUUAUCCCAGCUGGUGGGUAGCCAGUCAAUCCGGGAGCUGCUUACUAUGCAGCUGGUGGAUUGGCAACAGCUCCAGGCUAACUGUUUCAUCCAGGAUGAGAGAUUGCGCAUCUUUGCCUUAUUGGCUGGAAAACCGGUAUGGCAGCUCACAGAGCACAGGCAAAUCAAUGUGUGCUCAUAUUUGGAUUGGAAACGCGCCCUGGCUGUUCAUCUUUGGUAUUUGCUUCCACCAACAGCCUCCAUUUCCAGGGCACUCAGCAUGUAUGAAGAAGCAUUUCAGGUAUUUAUGUCCAGUAGAGCCAACCAAGAGUCAUGGGGGGAGUUCUGUUUUUGCCAGAAAAGUACUGCAGAGAAAAAAACAUCAAGGCACACUUCAUAAUACUUUUUCCUAACUGCUUUUUUUGGAAGUACCAUAAAAUUGAAAUGGACCGAGGAAAUCUGAUGGGAAACUUUUCUCCUGCCUGUGGACAGGGUUACUCUUAAACUUCUCCAAGUGUCUGCUUCUAUUUUAUUUAGUAUGAUGUUUCCACAGUUGACCUUCUUAAAGCUGUUUUCCUGCCCCCAAAUGAGAGGGGUUUUCUUUAUUCCUAAUGCUGUUUUAUCCUUUUGGGAAUUCCCUGAGAUACAGCCCAACCUCAAGUUUGGUAAUAGCCCCAAAUUAGCAGGCCUGAAAAUUUUGCCUCUAAAUAUCAUAUUU